AUGCUGGAUGCAGAAGCGUACAAGUUGAUGUAUAGUCUUUGCAGUCCAGAGAAACCCGAUCAAAAAUCAUUUGAUGAUUUGAUUCGUCUCUUUGGUAAACAAAUGCUACCUCAAGAAAUUCCACUGGCGGAAAGAUUCAAAUUUUAUCAAGCUAGGAAAGGAGAAGAGGAAUCACCAAAGGAAUGGGCAGCUAGUAUUCGCGGUUUGGCAGUUCGAUGCAAAUUUGGUAAUGAACUCAACAACUGUCUACGAGAUAAAUUUUUCUGUGGAUAUGAAAAAGGCCCAGUAUUGGAUAGACUUCUGGAGGAGAAAAUCACAGUUUCCCUAGAAGAAAUGGUGGCGUUAGCUGAAAACAAAAUGGCCGCUCAGAACCAUUUUCAGCAACAAAUGGCGACAGGUACCACAAACAUGAAGACGGAGGCAUUGCAGUACGUGGAGCGCAGACGCGGAAAAGAGAAGGCAACCAAUAGAAACACGGAACCACCGAGGACGUCAGAAAAAUGUCGAGCUUGCGGAAAACCUGAUCAUGAAAAAGCUAAGUGUUCAUUCAGAAAUUAUUUUUGUAGGAUAUGCAAUAAAAAAGGUCAUUUAGCAGUGGUCUGCUUCGAAAAUAAAGCUAAUGAGAACAAAAAUACAAAGUACAUUUUAAAUCGACAUUAUUAUGUUGAGGACCAGAGACCAUUGCCCCAUGACGAUUUAGAAUUAUUCUCUAUAGAAAAUGAGGGGGAUAGAGGAAGUUCAUUUAAAAUUGAUCUGACUGUUAACAAGGUUAAAUUGACAUUUCAGAUAGAAACAGGUGCAAGUGUCUCAGCUAUUUCAGAAAAAUGUUAUAAAAACAAACUGAGUCACCUGCCCUUGUUGAAAACUGAUAAGGUAUUUUAUUUUUAUAAUGGCAUGAGAGUUUUACCGGUUGGAUACAUAAAUGCUGAUAUUACAUACAACUCAGUGAAAAAACACUUAAAAAUUUAUGUAAUGAUAAAUGGUGGCCCUCCUAAUGCUGGUCGUGAUCUUUUAGAAAUGUACAAUUCGAAAUUUUCUGAUGUUAAUUUUGUGAGGGUUGAACAUAGAAAUUUGGAUGAAUUGUUGACAAAAUAUAAAAAUUUAUUUGAACUGGGCCUAGGUAAAUUUACUAAAGGUACAGCUUCUAUCAACAUAAAAGAUAUUGUUACACCUCAUUUCAUAAAAUAUAGACCUGUACCAUAUGCUAUCAAAGAAAAAGUUGAAAUAGAGCUUAAUCGUCUUUUAUCUUUAGGAGUCAUAGAACCUGUGGAUUUCAGCGAUUGGGCAACUCCAGUAGUACCGGUGCUUAAAAAAGGAGAACAGGAAGUAAGAUUGUGUGGGGACUAUAAAGUAACAAUUAAUCCUUGUAUAGAAGUCGAUAAAUACCCAUUGCCUAGGAUUGAAGAUUUUUUAGGAGCCUUGAGCGGUGGUAAGAAAUUCUCAAAGUUAGAUCUAUCGCAGGCAUAUCAACAAAUAUGCGUUGAUGAUGAGUCGGAAGAAUUGUUUACUAUAUCUACUCACAAAGGGUUGUUUAGAUACAAUCGUCUGACAUAUGGUGUAGUAUCAGCACCGGCUAAGUUUCAGAAAAUUAUGGAAUCAUUAUUGUCCGGAAUCGAAGGUAUAGAAAUCCUUUUAAACGAUAUUUUAGUUACCGGUCCUAGUGAUGAAAAACAUUUGAGUAGGUUAGAAAAAGUUUUGAGAAUUUUAAGUGAAGCAGGAUUCAGAUUGAAUAUAGAAAAAUGUGAAUUUUUCAAAGAGCAAUUUGAAUAUUUGGGUUAUUGA